CAAUAUACAGUACAUGUUUCAAUGUCGGAUAUGUCAGACGCUGACCAACAGCUAAUAAACAAAGAGAAGAUGAAGAAAACGUGACCUGAACAACAUCUCUUAUAAUAACACAUGGAGGAUACGAGAGAUCAAAGUGUUGGCGGGAAUGAAUCAAGCGCUGGCGCCUGCAGUUGGAUUAGUAGUUGGUUUACGUGGUCCCCGACCUCAGAGAAGCUGUUAGAGGAAGCAGAGUCUCAAAUAUUACAAAAAACCCAAUCCCAUUAUGAAAGCCGAUUUGUACCGUUGGAAAAUGGACAGAGAAUAUGGACAUUAAAGUUCAAUCCAAAAGCUAGCAGAGUACCAUUGGUCUUGGUUCAUGGGUUUGGAGGAGGUGUUGGUCUUUGGGCAUUAAAUUUUGAUGCCCUCUCCAAGAACAGGUCUGUUUACGCAUUUGAUGUGCUGGGGUUUGGUCGCAGCUCCCGGCCUCAGUUGAGUUCAGAUCCAUUGGAAGCUGAAGAACAGUUUGUGGACUCCAUUGAGAAGUGGCGAGAGAACGUCGGCCUUGAAAAGUUUGUUCUUUUGGGUCACAGCCUCGGUGGGUUCUUGGCAAGUUCUUAUGCCUUGAGGUACCCUUCCAGGAUCCAACAUCUGAUCUUAGCUGAUCCAUGGGGCUUUCCAGUGAAACCUACUGAAGAUAAUAUGAAUAUACACAUCCCUGUGUGGGUUAAAUUCCUAGGAGCUGUUUUAAGUCCAUUUAAUCCAUUGGCUGGAUUACGUGCGGCUGGUCCAUGGGGUCCUUCUCUAGUGCGACAAUUCAGACCUGAUUUUCAAAGAAAGUUCUCAAGUAUCCUGCCAGAUGAUACCAUAUUUAACUAUAUUUAUCACUGCAAUGCACAAGUACCUAGUGGAGAGACAGCUUUCAAGAACAUGACAAUCCCAUAUGGCUGGGCUAAGCAUCCAAUGAUAUAUAGAAUUGGUAAUGUCAACAGAGACAUUCCUAUAACCAUGAUCUAUGGAUCAAGAUCAUGGAUUGAUCACAACACAGGGAAGGAAACCAAAGAAAGACGAAGUGGAUGUUACGUCAAUGUUCAAGUAAUUACUGGAGCAGGACAUCAUGUCUAUGUGGAUAAACCUGAGAAGUUUAAUGAUUUAGUGGAAGGAAUAUGUCAAAAUGUGGACAAUGAUGAUAGUGAAAAAUAAUUUAGUUUGGUACAUGAACAUUCAGUCUGUAAAUAAGGUUGCCUAAAUGGUAGUGCUAAUUGUCAAGUUACCAAUUCCGUUAAAAUCUCAUGUGAUAGUGUGCUGCACCAUUUGAAAAUUUUGUGGGUUUUAAUUUUUUCUGAUGGUGCUAAUAGCCCUUUUUAGAUCAGAAUUAGUCACAGGCAACCAGAAACAUUACAUGCAAGAAACAUCAGAGACUGAGGUUAAUAAGUUGGCCAGUUGUCUGCCAAUUAUUUAAUUAGCUAAUUGAAAGACUUGAGGAAACUCAAGAAAAAUUAUAUUUUGGGCUAGACUGUGAUUAGAGACUGGUAUCCUUGCUCAAUUCUGGUGUUUAGUCAUCAUCAAUGAAAUGCAAUUGAUCAGUUGAGAGGUACUUUUCAGCUCCUAUUUGAAGUUACUGGUUCCUCUUCAUAAUCAUCACAUUGCCACAUGAACAAAAUGGACAUGGAAAUUUGUUUACUCAGUGAAACUUGUUAUAUUUAAAUUACCAUUUAUACCUGUAGAUACUUAUUGUCCUGUAUACAUUAUUUAGUGAAUAAUUCUUCACCUCUUGCUACACCAUCUGGCUGAAAUUACUACUAACAACUAAAAAAUUUCAUUCAAUAAAUUGUAAGUUAAUUUAGGAGCGUAAACAGUUGAUGAUGUAGUUUGUAAUACCUUGGAAUUAGCUAAGAAAAUUGCACACAAAAGACAUCUUAGAUUUAAUUCUCAAUUUUAGCCAUGUUUAACAUGUUGAAAAUUUUGAUGUAGGUCUGUGAUUAGUUGUAAUUAUAGUAUCAUUUUUAAAUACAUCUUAUAACGUAGUGUUAUUUUCUAAACACUUUAAUUCCUUUAUGGCAAAUUUAGUAUACAGGCACAUUUUCCUUGAUAUUUAUUUUUAAAUAAAGUAGCUCCAGCCUCUUUAUUGUUCUUCAAAUUAUUAAUAUAACUAAUAUGAUUAGGGGGAGAUUAGCCUAAAUGUUAUUUUUUUAAUUCAAUGAACUCAAGGAAAUGUAACUCAGAACAAUCAUAAUAUAUUUGAUAUUGUAUUCUGUGAAUUAUAAAAGGGAUGAUGAUUGAUGAUA